UUCUCUCUCUACAUCGCCACUCUCACAAACAGAAAAUGGGUCUUGUUAUUAUAAUGGGACCUACUGCUACUGGCAAAUCGAAACUAACAAUCGACAGCGCCAAGUGUUUUAACGAUUCCGAUAAGAUUCAAGUGUUUACACGCUCUGAAGGUGAACGGCGUGGCGGUUAUCACCAUUUACUCGGCGAACUUCCCGAUCCGGAGUUUUCUAGUUCCGAUUUAUGGUUUAUAGAUAAUAACAGAGUCUCCGAUAUCAAUAAUCGACGGAAACUACCAUUUAUCAUCGACGGGUUGAGGAUACCGGAAGAAGUGAAAAGGAUAAACGAAAACACGAGGUAUCUAACGGGGAAACAGAUGUGUAAUAUCCAACGAGUAGAGGCUAUGGAAGCUUACCGCCGACGAUGUCGCCGGGAAACAGCAAGAUUCCGGCAACGGAAAUUUGGGAAAGACAAGUUGUAUUACCGAACAUGAAGAUUGUACUGUGCUGUGCUAUAUUGUCGUAAUGAAUAAAAUGUUUGUGAUAAUUGUAUCUUU